AUGCCUAUUCCGCUCGCGGACCCGCGGCCAAUUGACAUGCUGCCUCCGAGGCCUCGCCAGAUGAAUCCCGUCUUCACAAGGCAUUCGGACGUGCUGAAACAAUCCUGGUCCUUUUUUGAGGUUGCGGACAAAGUGAGCAAUCGGAACGGAUUCAGAUAUACCUACGCGGUCACGGACCCCGGAUUUCCUCAUAUACUUUACCGUCAGAUCGACGUUCCUCCAUAUCACUCGAGAUUCAGCUUCGAGGACUCUCCUUCCUCGAUUUCAUUUACGAAGGAUGGCCUGGCGGUUAGCACAAAUGACCCAUGGCAUUCAGCGCGCGCCAAUAUUUGUGCGAGGGAAGGUAGCUUUUACUAUGAAGCCCGAGUCAUCAGUGGCAUUGUCCCUAAUAAAGAUGCUACUCCCGGUCCGUCACCUCGAGGUAAUGUACGGCUGGGAUUUGCGCGGCGGGAGGCAGAUUUGGAUGUUAAUGUAGGCGUGGAUUGUUACGGCUACGGGAUCCGCGACGUCAACGGCGAAGUCGUGAACCGUAUGCGGUGCGAAUACUUUUUCCCCAAGAACGAAGUUAUCAACGAAGGUGAUGUGAUAGGAAUGCUGAUCACGCUGCCACCCCUGGGCCUGCACAAGAAGAUCGUGGAAGGCACAUACGAUGCGGCGAAAGACGGCAACGGGGCCGAUACUUCUACUCUCAAAACGUCGUUUCAGCAACCGGCAUCUGUCAAUCUUAUUCGUGACCGUAUACCUUUCCAUUUGAAGUCAGACUUUCUCUAUCAACAAAACCACAUUUUCCCGUCCAAACACCUUCGAGAUUACGCUUUCAACCUCAAAGAAACCCCCACGUACGGCCCACCAUCACCCGGAAACGCAGAGGACCCUUCCCUACGCACUCUCCCAGGAUCGAGCAUAACCAUUUACAAAAACGGAGUCCGGAUGGGCACCCCUUUCACUGGCCUAUAUGCCUUCCUACCGCCGGCUUCACGCGCCACCCAACUAUCAAACAACCUAGGCAUUGGCGAGAGAGAAAACGCCGACGACGGAAUGAUUGGCUAUUACCCAAUGGUGAGCUGUCACAACGGAGGAGCUGUGGAAUGCCGAUUUGAAGCGCCCUGGUGGUUCGGUCCACCGAAAGAGGAUAUUCCAAACAUCAAGCCCUUUGGGGAACGGUUCAAUGAGCAGAUCGUGGAGGAUGUGGUGGCUGAUAUUGUGGAUGAGAUUGAAGCCAUGUUUAUGGGGUGGAAUGUGACGCAGGCGCUGGCUGGGUUGAACAACAAUGUUGGAUUGCGAACUGGAACUGCCACCGGACCGGGGACCGCAGCGGGGACACCGCAAAGGGCGCAGUCCGUGGCAGGAGAUGUCCGGAUGCAAAUGGACGGAGCUGGCGGGACUCCGGGCUCGCUUGAUGGGUGA